CCCUCUUGGACAAAGAUGCAGAACUUGUCGGUGGUAGAAAGUCUUGGUGACGCAGACACACCACACUGUGAGCCUCCAAAAGACCUGGCAGCUGGGGCAGGUGGAGUGUCUCUCCAUGAAAAUGGCUGUAGCUGGAAUGAAAGGACAAGCAAUGAAGAAAUUGUUAAUUUUGAAGCAGCGCAGCAAAGCCUCCCUGCAGCGAACAGCGAAGGGAGAAGUUGCGAGGAGUUUCCCGAGAGCAGCUUUAGUCCCUCAGAACCCAGCGGUUCCUGGGGUGAUUUUGAAGGCUUCACAGAGCCCUUAGACAAAUCCGAGAUGUCCAGUGAUAACCUUGAAGUUUUGGUGAAUUCAGCAGUAACUCGGGGAGCCGAUGCGGGGCUGAGCAGAGGAGGCUGCAGCGUUUCCAUUUCUGCUGCCCACGGGUGUGCGGAGCCAUCUCUGUGCCAUGGCAAGCAGGAGGCUUCGGGCUCUCUCAGUCAGGAAGACCACAGCUAUGAGGAGAUAUUCAAGUUGAGCUUUCCAGAAGUCUUUGUGCCACAGUCCAGAGAGUGCAUAAGAAGCUUAGAGCAAGUUCUUGAUGCAAGUAAUGAAGAUGUUUGGAUUCCUGAACUUUUGAAGAAUCAGCUUUGCAUGGAUUCUGGAAAUGUAUGGAGAGCACUCAGGGACUCUGAUAACGCCCCCAGCUCAAGAUAUCCCUGGAGAAAAUCCCAUUGCCAAGAAAACCUCCUGAGCGUUCUCGGAGUAGAUGCAAAUCAAAAGGACGUUUCAGAGAACCAGACUGAUAUUUUUGAAGAAUCAAAUGUCAAAGAUAAUGAGGACUUUAGGUUUGAUGGAUUCAGUGUUAAUGACUGCAAAGCAUUGAUCCAGACCAAGCUUUCUGUGUCACCAGACUCCAGACAUGGUCACCUUUUCAGCUGUAAUCUCUUUUUGAAGACCACAUCAUCAAAUGAAAAUACACAGUAUAUAACAAUCCCAAGGAAAAAGCAGAUUUUUUCUACACACAACCUAAAAAUGAAAUUUUUCAGUAGUGAUGUUUGUUGA